AGCUUUGCUACCUUUAAUGUUAAGAAUGCUAAUCUCCCCAAAGUAGCUGCCAUCACUUAGAACCACAUAUUGAGUGACUCCAUCAUCAGCUACGACUGCAAGUUUGCCUUCUUUGAUAAUGUACAUUUCUCGCCCAAUAUCACCUUUCCGGCACACAUAAUCUCCAGGACUGUACACCUGAGGCUGUAGUUUCAAGACCAGUUCAAUCAAUAGGCCAGCUUCACAAUCUGCAAAAAUGCGGACUUUCUUUAAUGUUUCCAAAUGAACAUUGAUGGCAAUCUCUGCUCGUAAUUUAUCUGGAAGAUACUUCAAGACUUCUCUUUCAUCCACUGCUUUCUUAUUUGUCCACAAAUAAUCAAACCAUUUAAUAACUCUUUUUUCUAAAUCUUUGCUCACAUUCCGAAACUGCAUGUACUGCUUGAUAGCAUCAAUCCGUGCUUGAAAUUCUGCCCUGGCAGCAUUCAUGUUAGAAAUCAUAGAACCAAUAUUACCAACAAUGGUAGCAAAAAUUAGUACACCAACUAAGAAGUCAACAACGACAAAGAAGUACUCAGCAUCUCUCACAGGAGGAGGGGUUUCACCAAUUGUUGUCAAGAAUAAGAAAGAAACAGAAUGUUCAUGAGACAGUGGUACAAAAUGGCUGUCAGAAAUGAAAUUCAGCAGCACUUUCAAGUUUCGUUGGUUUUAUGGGAGAGAUGUGAUGUAUUUCCUUUGAUUUGCUCUGGCUCUCAUCAUGCGUGGUGUCAAAUCCUCAAUGUGUCAGACCUACACACUUCUUUCUUUGCCUUUUCUGGCAGAUACCCCAAUGGAACAAAGCUGAGUGUUUCCCCACCUGCUGGAAGCAAAUACAGUUUGUAUAUAGGUGUGGCCUUAGCCAUAGGCUCCAGUAUCUUUGUUGGAUCCAGCUUUAUAUUGAAAAAGAAGGGGCUCUUGCAAUUAGCCGAAAAGGGGGUUACUCGAGCUGGGCAAGGUGGACAUUCUUACCUGAAGGAAUGGCUGUGGUGGGCAGGGCUGCUUUCAAUGGGAAUUGGAGAGGCAGCAAACUUUGCGGCAUAUGCCUUUGCACCAGCAACUCUGGUAACCCCGUUGGGUGCCCUGAGUGUUCUUAUAAGUGCAAUAUUAUCUUCCUCUUUUUUGAAUGAAAAGCUCAAUAUUCAUGGGAAGAUGGGAUGCAUAUUAAGCAUUUUGGGGUCUACGGUGAUGGUUAUUCAUGCUCCGGAAGAGGAGGAAGUUGCAUCACUGGGUGAAAUGGAAAUGAAGCUAAAGGAUCCAGUGUUCAUUGCAUUUGCUGCUGUUAUAAUUGUGAUCUUGCUGGUGCUCAUUUUUGUUGUUGCUCCAAGGCUUGGCCAGACUAAUGUACUGGUUUACAUCUCCAUUUGUUCAGUGAUUGGUGCAUUUUCAGUCUCUUCUGUCAAGGGGCUUGGCAUUGCUAUUAAAGACCUCCUGUAUCAGAAGCCAGUCUAUCGACAUCCACUGGUUUAUAUUUUGGUGGGGAUUCUGGUGCUGUCUGUCAGUACUCAGAUUAACUACCUCAACAAGUCGUUGGAUGUGUUUAAUACAUCCCUAGUGACACCCAUUUAUUACGUGUGCUUUACAACCACAGUAGUGAUCUGCUCCAUCAUCCUCUUCAAGGAAUGGAACAGCAUGGGACUUGGCGAUAUCAUUGGGACCUUGAGUGGAUUUUUCACCAUAAUUAUAGGCAUUAUCUUUCUGCAUGCUUUUAAAAAUGUUAAUAUCACUUGGAGCCAGCUGAAAUCUGUUAAAAAAGAGGCAGUGUUGUCUCUCCAUGGUUAUGAGGCUCAUCAUACUUUAUUGGAGAACAUGGAGGAUCCCGCCUUGGUGUGUGAUGAAGAUAAUACUCUGUUCAGUCGAGGAAAUGAGCAAGAAGGUGGCUUCCUUUAAUAAUUACAUCCCUGUUGAACAACUGACUUGAGUGAGUCCUCAGGAAAUCUACAACAUCUCUAUGGUAGUACUUUUGUGCUUGGAACAAGAGAAGGCAGUUGCUGAGGUAUUUGCUCUGGAAAUGGAAAAGAAAAUUUGUUUCCAAAUACUCUCCUCCCCGCCCCAUCUUUGGCAGCAUAUGAACUCACUGACAAUUGUGGAGCUGUUAGAAGACUACUUAUUUUGCUAAAGAACUGAAUUAUAUAUGCAACAUAUUUUCAUAAAUAGCACUUUAUGGUUUACAGUGUUUGGAUGAAAAUAGUGCUUUUACAGCUAUCUCAGUGAAGAUAUGUGAGGGUUGAGGGGUAGGUGUGGGGAGAAAUCCAUGACUUUCCUAAAUACUUGGCAUGUUGAAUGUCACAUCAAAGUUUUUUAGGUGGCAAGUGUCCUGAAGAGAAAUAUUCUUUUAGAUCCUAAGAUUGUAGGAAAGAGCUGUACAUUCCACAAAAAGGGGGUCUUUUAAAAUAUCGGCUAGUGCUGAAUAUUCUGCAAGUAUUCUACUCCUUGCAACUUAUUCUUGCAGCUUCUUGAAAGCUUCUCUUUCCAGGUUUGAUAUGUUUCUCAUAGAAUUCUUUCUCGGAUAACAAUUUCCUGAGAAACGGACCUUCUAACUUGCCCAACAGUUUUAGGAAUAUAGUCCCAGGUUUUUCCUAUAUGAGUAUGUAUUCUACCUAUCCUUUUCUAAGGGUUCCAAAAGCAAAGUUUAGAUGUAUUUCCCCCCUUGUCCAUCCAAAGUGGAGGGAGGGAAGAGAAGCUUAAACUCUCAUAAAUCUUCCAGUUUUGUUAAAUAAUUGAGAUCUGUUGGGGCAGAAUUUCCCACCAUGUAGUAGUUCGCGAUUUUUGAAAUGUUUAAAUAAAAGCCGAGUAGUCAUAAAUGAACUUCAAGCUAAUUUUGUCGUAAUCUAACUUCAAAAAUACUUAAAUUUGAAUUUUAGAAUUUUUUCCAUGCAUGUAUAGCUAAUGGUUAAAAGGAUGUAUAAAUUUUAAUCUCACUAAGAUUAUUCCUUCUGACUAUUUCAGCCCUGCUGUGAUGAUUUCUUACAAAGUCAAUCACGUAUUUAAGGACUAUGGGUCAACCUGCUAUUUAUGUCUUCUGGGAAGGAGUCAUUUGUGCUUACUCAGGCUAGAUGAAUUAAUUAGGAAAAAAAGUUUCUGACAUGAAUCCUUUCCCCAGGCAAUAUGCAAGGUUUACAUGGAAUUAUACGUUGAUUCUUUAUGUUGGCAGUUUCUAUAUUUUUCUUGAUUUUUCUAAACACCUCCUUUAAUGUUGUGGAAACUGAAAGUGACUUCAGCUGUCAAAUGUUAGCAUCUCAAAUGAAAAUGAUCUGGUCCUAAAGCCUGCUUUGGACUGGUAUUGCAUCAGUAAGCAUUAUAUUAAUUGCACUUAGUAAAUUCUGGAGCACAUUUUAUUAUCCAGCACUAGCUGUUCAAUUCCAGGACUGUUUAGAGGAUUAUAAAAGAUGGUGAAGGCAUAUGGGCUGGAUAAAAGGCAUGCUAGUAUGAUAGGGAUGAAAUUGAAGUUUCUGUGAUGUAUUAUCUGCCUUAAAGGAAAAUCUGACCACAUAGUUUAGUACAUUUGUUUUGGUGCUUAUUCUACCUGGAACAGUUUGUACCAGCCUCAUUGAUUGAGGCUGGUACAAAAUUUCAUUCAUUUCAGUAGAGUAUCCACACAUGAAACGUUUCUGAUUGAUUGUUGACUAUUUAUCUUGCUAUUCACCCUAUGUCUCUGACUGCAGUCCAGCAUGUACUACAAACCUUAUGACCCAUUACAAAAGAAUGGGUCUUGUGGUAGAAUUGUUAGGAAGCUCCAGUUCAGCUGUAUUUUCCCCAUUUUUUAAUGUCUGGUUGUCUUAAAUGGGUACAAAAGGAUUUGAGCCUUUCAUGGCCUCUAGGCACUAGUACCUACCCAGUAUCAUUUGGGGCUUAGAUGCUGCUUUGACUUGCUGUGCUCCUCCUGGCAUGGAUUGGACUCUUACCCCAGUUAAUUAUGUGUGUGGGAAGCAGGGAGGAUUUAUUUCAUGCUGGGUGCAUUGGCAAAAGACUCAAGCUAUUAGUACAUACAUUUUUGCUCUUUAAGAACUUGGAUAUAUGCUAGCUAUCAUUUCAUCCUUAAGAUGUACUGUUGGAUUCAAAACAUCUCUUAUCAAUUCAAGUUGCAGAAUAUUUCAAAAGCUGAUGUGUAUUAUUUACAUUUCUAAAAGAGAGAGAGAGAACGCCUUUCCAGUUCAUGUGACUGUAUUUACCUCCCCCAUAUUUAUUUACUUCUUUUGUAACUUGACCAAAUACCCACAUAGGACUAUGGUUAUAGGAACAGUCACUAAAAUGUUUGUCAGAGAAGCAUAAUAGUUGUGUGUUCGGGGCAAUCUUUCAUAAUUUGAGAAAGAAUUUUGUAUGGUUCAGAGUAUAAACAAUUUGAUUCUUAUACUGCGUUUGAAUAAAGGUAAGACUAACUUUGUUUAAAAGGUUUAGUAUCUUUCUGAUUGAAAGAUUUUUCAUGUUUGAUUUUAUGCUUGUCAAAAAAGGGAAUAAAGUAUCUAUGGUUUUGAUAA